AUGCAAAAACUUUUUCACUUUUGUGUUAAAUUCUUCACGAAGGAAGUUGCUGGAACACUGGUUGCUCAACAAAACACACUACGAGAACAAAUUAGACAAUCUGAGCAAAAUCUAAAUGCACAACAUGGGGUAUUACUUAGGCAACAGCAAACUCAAAUAUCGACAAUGGCUUCACAAUUGGAAUCGAAUCGAAUAAAAGCAGAUCUCGAGAAAUGUGAUAUUGAAGUAGCUGAUAUUGAUAAAGUGCUGAAGCCUAUUAUAGAUUCUUGUACAAAGGAUAAUAUUUCUUCAGGGAAGAGUUGGAUAUUACAAAAUGCAACGACUAAUGCUCAUGCAGCAGCUAUAUCACAGUAUCUUUUAGAAAAAGUAAUUCAGCCCGAUGCAAAUUUUGCUCAGAAACUGCACAUUAUAUAUUUGGUUAACGAUGUUCUUCAUCACUGUGCCAGAAAAAAUGCUGAAGAACUAAAGAAAUGUUUGGAAAAUGUUGUUGUGCCAAUGUAUUGCAAUGCUCAUAGCAUGGCUGAUAUCACAGAAGAGCAGCAAGCAAAAUUAGACAAACUGUUACGUCUGUGGGAAGCAAAAGCAAAUUACUUUGACAGCACAUUAAUUGAAAAAUUGAAAAAACCAGAACUGUCUCUUCGAGAA